AUGUUUUUAUCUUACGCUACCAUGCCCAUGUUUGCUUUCACGAUACUGUUGAGUUUCUUCUUCUUGAACUCGCCCAUCAAAUCGAUGGAGUUCGGCACGCUCUUUGAAAAGUGCCCGGAUUGUCUGGCUGACUCGUGCCACAAAGAUAAACACAGGCCGUGCAUGACCAUGAGCACCGGUUGGUUCUUAUGUUACACGUGUGAAAUCGACUUAGGUGACGACCAGUACUACACCUUCGAAGAAUGUAAGACGGGUUGCACGAACACAAACAGGACAUGCGCGUGUGACGGUAUGUGUGUCGUGUGCGUCAGAAAAUCAGUACUUGAAAAUGGAGGUUAUUUAGAGCCAUGUAAUUUGCCAACCACGCCGGAAAUAACGUGCAAAUAA